GCACCUUAACGUUUUAUUUUGAAAGUCGCGAGCUACAUUGGUUAGCCCUCACUAGCAUUACAGUUCUCCACUGCAGUUACAGCUGCUGAGUGUGUCGCACAUUUUUUGUCCUUAUCUACUCCUGAUUGUCCUUGGAGGAGUACGGUGAAUCAUCUGGUUUUGGGUGUAAGAACAUAUGUGCCCGAGACUCUGACUGAAGUCUGUUCAAUGGCUGCUCCGAGCCCCACCUCUUCUGCCUCCUUGGCCGCUGCUGUGCCUGAGGGUUUCUAUUAUGAAACCAAGUACAUUGUUCUCCGUUACCUAGGGAUGCUGCACGCUGGUGCGUCACAAGGUACAGCUGCAGAAGAUACAGAGACUGAGCGGGAUGAGACCAGAUUGAUAGAGGAAGCACUCAGACAACUUGAAGAUGAGAUUUCUACCUCCUCGACCAGCACAAACUUUGACCGGAAAAUGUCACCGGUAUUCAGUCCAGUCAACCCGGACAGCUCCAUUGAAGACUGCCUUGCUGCGCUGGGAGAUCAGGUGGUCAGAGAGCUGGACACACACCUGGCUACAGCGGUGCAAAUGCUCCUCACAGGACCUCUGGACUACCAGAGAUUCAGAGAGAUGACAUUGGAUCUGUCCACACACUCGCAGGAAGGCUGGAACAAGGUUCUGGUGCCGCUGGUGCUGCUCCACGCUUUGCAAACCGAGGGCCAGUCUGUGUCAUCUCUGUGGCCUCUUGGGGUGAAGUUUUUAGAGGAGGCUGAGAGCAGUUUCAUCAUUCCCCAAGGGGGAUGGGGUGCAAUAUUUGGACUUCAGGCAGCAGACAAGCAAAAUGUGACCAUUGCUGAGGACAAUAACGACAUUUACAUCCUGUCGGGAGAGCAGCAUCCUCACAGCGCCCCCUCCCCACAGUUCUCCCUGCCAGACGGCAGCAGCGAGCACAGCGCCUGGCAGACGAAAAGUUUACCCAUUUCUCUGAGCACCCACGAGUCCUGGAUGCAGGUGGGUGUGAUGGACACAGAAGACGUCAAGAGCCUGGACAGUAAUGAGGGCGUGGCUCUGGCUGAGGAGCGCAGUGAAAAUAACUCCUCAAACUCAGACAUUGUCCACGUUGAGCGCGAGGAUGCCGAGGAAGGCGCUGAAGCUAGCGCAAUAGAGGAAAGCAUAAUGAGCAUUCUCGGCACAGAGAGCGAGCUGGCGGAGCUCAGGGUGGAAUUCCCAGAACAGAUUCCAGGUGUUCCGCUGUUACCUCAAGAUAAAGCAGUAGUGCCAGUUGUCAUGGAGGUACCAAUGAGCUUGUCAGCAGAGCCGACCUUCACUACCUCUGAUCCAGGGCUGCCUCCCCAAGACCCAGAUACUGCUACUUCACAUCUGUGUGAGACUGUGCCAGAACCCGCAGCACCUUUACCUGUUCCUGCAGUGGAAUCGGACCCUGAGCCAAAGCUGUCCGCUGCUGCUGCCCCAGUGCCUGAAGUAGAACCGUCGUCUGUACUCACAGGAGACCUAGCGGGCAGUUUAACUGCACCAGUGGAGCCCAAAACCAAAUUGGAACCAGAAGUGGAACAGCAGGUGGUCGCUGCCACAGUGUCCCCCCUGGUGGAGAAGGUACCACCACCGCUGAAACCACAGACUGUGACGGAACCAGAGACUUCACCAGCUGCACCGCCGGAACCACAGACUGCGAUGGAACUGGAAACUUCACCACCACCGGAUCCACAGCCUGUGACGGAACCGGAAACUUCAUCAGCUGCCCCGCUGGAUCCACAGGUUGUGGCAGAACAAGAAACUUCACCACCACCGGAUCCACAGCCUGUGGCAGAACCAGAAACCUCACCAGCUGCACCUCCGAGACCACAGGCUGUGGAAGAACCAGAGGCCUCGCUAACAGAACCACUGGACUCAAAGUCUGCGGGAGAAACAGAAGCCCCACCAAUUGCACCAAAGGCAUCAGAAGAGGGGUCCUUUCCAUAUAGCAGAAAUGCCAUGCUGGUUAGCCUCGUGGCCUUCAUGGCGUGUGGUUUGUUGCUCUACAAGAGGAUGUAGUGUUUUUGUCUCCACACAAACCAGAUAUUUGGAUAAACAUGAACUUUGAUAUAGAUGUUUAGACUCAACUCACAAAUUGUUGGAAUUUGUUUUUUUUGUUUGUUUUUUUUUAUUUCAUGCUUUUGAAGAUUUAGAAAAAAAAUUCUGAAAUAACCCUUUCAGAAACUUCAUCCGUGUGAUCGCUACGGCUUCGUUCCACCAGGCGGAAGCGCAGAAAAGAGCAAAUGACACUCCAAUAGAGCUGCUAUUCAGUCCUGUUGGAUCUGCUGCUGCAGAAUAAACAUUCAUCUGACACUGGAAACCUUUUCUUCUCCACCCUCUUCCAUUUUCUCUGUAUAGUCUGUGCAGGAUGUACGUGCUGUAUUUUCCCUGUGACUGAUUCUGAUACAUUGUAUGCAAAUGAGGUGCAUGAAUGUCAGACCUGGAGUUUUAUUCUCUGCAAAUUGAAACAUUUUAGAGAUGCAAAUAUCUUUGUUCCUAUUUUGCACAUGGAGUUUGUUAAACAUGCAGUAUGUUUUAGUGGCUUUUCUUUUUUUUGCAUUGACAUCAAAGAUGUGUUCCUGAA